CUCACAGCGUGACGGCAAUUGUCCGGAGUUGAUUUUGCAAUUCUCGCGCGGCCGACUCUUGCGCGAGCUGCUGAGGGGCAGGCCAAAAGUCGCCACUUUCCUGGCGUCGGUUCCUCCAUUCCCCUAUUAGCAUAUGGCUGGGCCCAAAUGACCGCAAACAAGCCACCUUGAAGUGGGGGUAGCCCGAAUCCUAACGAAAUGCGGACUCGCCAAACAUGUCGGCACGCCCGCACACGCGCCAGGCGCCCGGCCACGGCGUGGCCAGAGCACGUCGAGUUCCGCCGGCCAGAGCGACGCCACACCCGCCUUGUGUACGCCGGCCCGCCCCGCGUCCCCACGCCAGCGCAUCCCCUGUGGGCACCACCGGAAGCCGGAAGCCACACCCGUGUCGCGUUGCACGCCCGGCCAAUGACCCAUGAUGCGCCGCGCAGUGAGGUGCAGUGAGCACUGGCCGGCUGGCGGGACGUGGGUGGGAUUUUGAGCGGGGGACAAGGCCGCACUGCCAGGAACAUCCAGCGUCGUGGACAUCAUGACCUUCAGACUCCUUUACUCUCAUGCUUCGGAGUGCUGUCAGCCUGAGCAAGCCCCUGCCAGCUCUGGGCCCAGCCUUGAGCUCGGUUCGCACCCGUGGGCUGGGCACCGCCCUUGGGGCGUCUGUGUUUGGUCUGCUCGGCUGUGGGAUGGACCUGGUGGCCGCUUGAGAUGCUCGGGGAAAGGUCUGUAUGCUCGUGGGCCAAGGAGGGGGCAGCAUUGGGGCUCAGCGGGCCCGGCACAGGCAGCCGCGGCAUGGCGAGGGCAGCGUGCCACGGCACGACCUGGCACAGCUUUGUCGCGAUGCUGGCCACGGGUGCGACAAAUUGGAAAUACACAUAUACUAUCCAGCCAGGCAACGCGAGCAUCUCACAGCGUGACGGCAAAUGUCCGGAGUUGAUUUUGCAAUUCUCGCGCGGCCGACUCUUGCGCGAGCUGCUGAGGGGCAGGCCAAAAGUCGCCACUUUCCUGGCGUCGGUUCCUCCAUUCCCCUAUUAGC